AUGGUCUCUACUCCUACUAUUUCCCGCCAGCGACCGGGAUCCGCUUGUGAGGAAUGUCGUCGCCGCAAGGUUCGCUGUGACCGACGACGUCCCCAGUGUCAGGUCUGCUUCGAGACGGGCAUCGAGUGCAAAAUCAAUACCACAAGGCUACCCCGGGGUCCCCGCAAGGGACAAUUACGGACCCUUCGCACACGCAUUGCCGCACUGGAACGAUGUCUGGCCGACCAACACCCCGAAAUCAACCAUCAGAUGGCCAGUAUCUAUGACGGCACGGUCAUUGACUGCGACAGUGAAGAAGAUCCGCUACGAGACCUGCCUCCGCUGCCCGAUCCGAUCUCAGGCACGAUGCCCGAUCAGUCCAGCGAUGACCGCCGGACUGGGACGCGAUCUCCGCGAUCGCCCGAAUCUCCGAACCGGCCUUCCAGCCUCGUGUCUGACUUGAUGCGAGCCGAUCUGUACGUUUCUCUUGGAUUAUUGGGAAUGUCCACUAAAUUGUGCAGGGACCAACUCUACUUUGAUCGGGUGCACCCUUUUGCCCCUAUUUUGCAACGCUGGCGCUACCACACCUGGGCGAAGCAGCCCAAGAAGACGGAAGCGCAAACCUGCCUUCAGUAUGCCAUGUGGACGCUGGCGGCCAGUAUGUCGGCCCAAUUUCAGUCUCUCCGCGACCGGUUGUAUGCAGAGACGCGCCGGAUGCUCGACUCGCUGGACCUCCAAGGACCCCCUACAGAUACGGCGCCCGGGAUCGAGCCAGCACAGGCUUGGAUCCUCGUGUGCAUCUACGAGUACAUGCAGCAAUCGCCGCUGCAGGCAUGGAUGAGUACGGGGCGAUGUUGCCGGUUGGUCCUGGGGAUGCGACUGUACGAGCUGGAUGACCCGAAUAGUCCAGUGACUAUGGCGCGCGAGCACGAGACGGUGCUGGUGGACUGGAUUGGGCUGGAGGAGCAACGCCGGACGUUCUGGAUGGCCUACAGUCUGGACCGGUUUAUCAGUUUCCACAACGGGUUGCCGUUCACCUUGGAUGAACAGUUGAUCACUACACGCCUCCCUUGCCCGGAAGAAGACUUCCAAGCUGGACAGCCCACCCUGACAUCCUACCUGUCCGAUGUCAUGUCUCCUUCUGCUCCCACUUCUCCUAUUCCCACUGCAACCACCAUGCCCUCUCCCACUGUCUUUGGUCGAUCCUCUCACUCUCAAAUUCUUCUCCCUCACCCUCCACCACCUACUCCGACUGCCACUCCGACCCUCGGCCUCCCGGAUCCGCUCUCCUCCUUCACCGAACUCAUCCUUAUCGCCACCAUCGUCGGCCGCGCUCUCACCCACCGCCAAACCGUAGCCGUCGAACAAAUCCACCCGCCCAACUUCACUCAUCUCCCCUCGGACAACUUCUGGACGCGACACAACUAUCUACACGAACUGCUCACCUACCGCAUUGCCACUUUGUCCAGCUACCCGCAUGUCGAUCCCAUGCUGAUGUUCGCCCGCAUCGUGGCCCAAAGCAUGGUGCUGUUCCUGCACAGUGUGCUCGAGAGCAUUACCUGGAAAUCCGGGGAUCACUUGCUGGGGAUCAUCGAUUUCGAGCGGGUAUGUGUCCUGGCGGCACACGAAGUAGUGGGGUUGGUGAAGAUGCAGGGGCAAUUGGGGUACUUUAAGGUGCAUCCCCUUACGCCGAUCCCUCUGAUGAUGUGCACCGAGUUCCUCUCGUCGCACGGGUACCUUGAUCCGUCGUUCGAGAUGAUGAUGCAUGACCUGGUCGAGAGCCUGCAUGAUCUGGAUAGGGUGAAAAAUCCCGUGCAGAGUCCGCCGUUGUCGGUUCAAUAA